GCCGCGGUCGGCUACCGUGGAGGCGCGGCAGGAGGCGGCGCGCCGUCCGCUCGGGCUCCGGCUCUGCCCGGCUCGGGCUCCCGCGUCCUCCCCGGUGCUCGCGCAGUCCCCUCCCCCGGGACCGUCCCCCUGACCCCGCCGUGAAGGGCUCGCGGCCGCCGAGAGACCCCGGAGACGUCGUCAACCGCGGAGGAGAGCGGGGCAGGAGCGCGAGCUGCGACCAGCGUCGCCGUCGCCGCCGGCUUUACAGAUGGAUUCAGUGGAAAAGACAACGAAUAGAAGUGAGCAAAAUUCAAGUAGAAAGUUUUUAAAGAGCCUUAUCCGGAAACAGCCCCAGGAACUGCUCCUGGUCGUGGGGACUGGAGUCAGCGCGGCAGUGGCCCCAGGCAUCCCCGCCCUCUGCUCCUGGAGAAGCUGCAUCGCGGCCAUCAUUGAGGCUGCAGAGGAGCUGGACGUCCUUCACCCAGGGGACAUCGCCGAGUUCCGGAGGAAAGUGAUGAAGGAGCAGGACCUGCUGGUUGUCGCUCAUGAUCUGAUCCGGAAGAUGUCACCUCGUACAGGCGACACCAAGCCCAACUUCUUCCAGGACUGCCUGAUGGAGAUUUUUGACAACCUGGAGCAGCACAUCCAGAACCCUCUGGUGCUGCAGUCGAUCCUUAGCCUGAUGGAAAGGGGCACCAUGGUCCUGACCACCAACUAUGACAACCUGCUGGAAAUCUUCGGCCAGCAACAGAACAAGCCCAUGGAGUCUCUGGACUUGAAGGACAAGACUAAGGUCCUUCAGUGGGCAAGAGGACACAUCAGAUAUGGAGUCCUUCACAUUCACGGCUUGUACACAGACCCCUGUGGGAUGGUGCUGGAUCCAUCAGGAUAUAAAGAUGUCACUCAAGACCCAGAAGUAAUGGAGGUCCUCCAGAACUUAUACCGCACCAAGUCUUUCCUGUUUGUGGGCUGUGGAGAGACCCUUCGUGAUCAGAUAUUCCAGGCUCUCUUCCUUUACUCAGUGCCAAAUAAGAUGGAUUUAGAGCAUUACAUGGUUGUGCUCAAGGAGAAUGAAGACCAUUUCUUUAAGCAUCAAGCAGAGAUGCUUUUGCAUGGAAUUAAAGUCGUAUCCUAUGGGGACUGUUUUGACUAUUUUCCAGGAUAUGUGCAAGACCUUGCCACUCAGAUCUGCAAACAGCAAAGUCCAGAUGCUGAUCGGAUGGACAGCACCACGUUAUUGGGUAAUGCAUGUCAGGAUUGUGCAAAGAGGAAUUUAGAAGAGAAUGGAAUUGAAGUUUCAAAAAAACUCAGACAAUCAGAGACCGAUGAUGCUGGAGGGUCUUGAAAUCUUUAAAACCAGUAAAACCUUCAACUUAAAAACCAGCCUUCUCAAAAAAAAAAAAAAAAAAAAGAAGAAGAAGAAGAAGAAGAAAAGCAGCUUUCUGUAAGCACAGUGCCAUGCCCAAACAAUGAAGAGUGCACAGAGGACUCCACACAGAUCUCAAUUCUAAACCGUCACCUACCCCAAGAGAGCAAUAUCGGGCUGUGGCCCUCAAGGCUGGGUGAAAGAGCUCCAUGGUAUGUGUUUAACUACAAUGGGCGGUGACACGUACACACUUCAGGUACACUUUGUAAGGACGGAUGGACAGCUACCUCAGGGACCAACAUCGGUGGGAAAGGACCUACUGGGUAUUCCUGACUCCCAUUUGACAUGCUCUCUUGCAUCAAGGUGGUAUUUCCCUAAUAAAAGGGAAAAGAGUGUGAAAACUGUCCAAGCAACAGUAGUUGCCAAAGAGAAAAUAAGAACUAGGCUUACAUGUUAUAAUUUUUAUGUGGAAACAUCUGUUACUGUACAAGGUAUUUUAAAGGUAUGUUUGUCACAUUGUUUAAUAGUAAAGAAUGAAUGAAUACUCCA